AUGACGAGCAUGGGUAAUCUCCCUCCAGCCGAUAGUUUCAAGGCAACCUGGGACUUUUUGGAACAAGGUCUUGAUCAAAUCAUGAACAGACUUGAGGAAGGUCUCGAUUUCACGCGCUAUACUGUGCUUUACAGUGCUGUACACAACUACUGCGCCCGUGGAAGUCCCACAAGCUCUCAUGGUGUUCCAGAUCCAUUGAGUAAUCCACAUUCUCGACGAGCUGCGCAACUUAUCGGCGGUGAUUUAUAUACUAGUUUGAGCCAGUACUUGGAAGUUCACUUGCAGAAGAUUAAGACGGAAUCUGAAAGAUAUAUGGACGAGGCGCUUUUACAGUACUACACCAAACAGUGGGAAAGAUACACAACCGCAGCACGCGUUGUAAACAAUAUUUUUAUGUACAUCAACCGCUACUGGGUUAGACGUCAAAUCGAUGAAGAUAGAAAAAGUGAUGUCUACGAUGUGUUUACGUUGGCACUUGUAAGCUGGAAAAAGAAUAUGUUUGAAUAUGUCCAUCACAAUGUCAUCGGCGCAGUUCUUAAAUUGAUACAAAGACAAAGAAGCGGCGAAACCAUUGAGAAUGGGCUUAUUAAGAGCAUUGUGGAUUCUUUUGUGUCACUUGGAUUGGAUAGCAGCGACUCCACAAAAUCAAACCUUGAUGUGUAUCGUGAAUACUUUGAGACUCCGUUUGUUCAGGCCACCGAGGUCUAUUAUAAGACAGAGUCAGAAAAGUUCAUCAGUGAAAACAGUGUUCCAGAUUACAUGAAGAAGGCUGAGGCUAGAUUAUUGGAAGAAGAAACUCGCGUCAGUUUAUACUUGCAUGAGUCGACAAACAAGACACUUGUGCCAACUUGUGAAAGAGUACUCGUCAAGAAUAACUCUGAGGUCAUGUGGGAAGGAUUUAAGAGCUUGCUGGCCCUUGAUAAGCAAGAUGACUUGCGCCGUAUGUACAGCCUCUUGGCUCGUAUACCAGACGGUCUGGAUCCAUUGCGAAAGAGCUUUGAAGCACACGUUAAGAAAGCUGGUCUUAGUGCAAUUGAGCGAAUUGCACAACAAGAAGGCGAGGUUGUGGACCCUAAAACAUACGUCGAUGCAUUACUUGAUACCCAUCGUAAAUAUAACGAUCUUGUACAAAACGCCUUUAGUGGCGAAGCUGGAUUUGUUGCUUCGUUAGAUAAGGCGUGUGGUGAAUUUGUCAACCGUAACCAGAUCUGUAAGACGUCUUCUUCAAAAUCACCUGAACUACUGGCCCGCUUCUGUGAUUCUUUGUUGAAGAAGAGCGCAAAGAAUCCCGAGGAAAACGAGCUUGAAGAUGUUUUAAACAGUAUUAUGACAGUAUUUAAAUAUGUCGAAGACAAGGAUGUAUUCCAAAAGUUCUACACAAAGAGUUUAGCCAAGAGACUUGUCAACGGAACAUCUGCUUCUGAUGAUGCAGAAGGAAGCAUGAUCACCAAACUCAAAGAAGCAUGUGGUUUUGAAUAUACUUCAAAGUUGCAGCGUAUGCUGACAGACAUGUCUUUGAGUAAAGAGCUAAAUGACCAUUUCAAAGAACUCGUGCAACAGAGUAGCCAAACAACAAGCUCGAAUGUUGAUUUCACAAUUCUUGUAUUGGGUGCGGGCUCAUGGCCCCUGUCAGCGCCAUCAACAGACUUUAACAUUCCAGAAGAUUUAGUUAAGGUGUAUGAUCGAUUCCAGAAAUUCUAUCAGAAUAAGCAUUCUGGCCGCAAAUUGAACUGGCUUUUCCAGUUAUCUAAGGCUGAGUUGAAAACAAGUUACCUUAAAGCCAGUAAGGCUGGAUAUGCCUUCCAGGUGUCGGCAUACCAAAUGGGUAUCCUCUUACAAUACAACACUGCCACUAGCUACACCUAUCAGGAUCUUCAAAAAAGUACUGCUCUCACUCCAGAGGCCCUUCACCCAGCUUUGAGUAUCCUUGUGAAAGCCAAAGUACUUUUGUUGAGUGAUGGUGAGAAGGUUGGUGACGAUGGAUCUAGAUACAGCCUGAACUUUGAUUUCAAGAGCAAGAAGGUCAGAAUCAAUCUGAAUAUGCAAAUGAGAACAGAACAAAAGGUUGAGGCAGAUGAAACGCACAAAACUAUCGAAGAGGACAGAAAGUAUUUGAUCCAGGCUGCUAUUGUCCGAAUCAUGAAGACUCGUAAAGUCAUGAAACAUUCAGCAUUGAUAGAUGAAGUCUUGACUCAAUUACAGUCAAGAUUUAAACCCCGGAUUCCGGAUAUCAAGAAGUGCAUAGAUAUACUUUUGGAAAAAGAGUUUAUUGAACGCGUAGAAGGCCAAAAGGACAUGUACAGCUAUGUUGCAUAA